AAGUUUCAGACACUUCAAGGGUAACUAGUGGGCAAGAAGACUCUGGUACAGAGGUUCAAGAUAUGAAAUCACUAUUGGAUCGGAUCAGGCAGCAAAGACGUGAUAUUCUUAAAAGUAUAUAUGGUGUCAUACCUGAAGAGGAAGAGGGAUCAGAAGAAGUUUUUGGUAAAGAUGACAAACCCUUCGAUGAACAUAAAACUGAACUUGUUAGAAGAGGUGUAGAAUCAGAUGCUGACCAUCCUCAAGCAGAAAUUAUUUCACAACAUGAGGAUGUUGUUCAUAGUGGAGACAAUAGUGAAGAAAAGUACAGGUACAGAAAAUUAAGGCCACAUACUGCAAAAGACAGAGAUAUACACAUGGCAGAAACUGUUCCUGUUCAUCUAGUGACAGACUUUCAUGAUCGCAGAUUUAUUAGUAAACAAGCCUCAGCCAAACACUCAAUUCAAGAUUCGAAUUCAGGUGAUAAGGAGAUAACAGUUGAUGAAAGAGUUGAUGAAGGUAGUGUGGAAACACAAACAUCAGACGAUGAACAUGUAAUACCUUUGUCUCCCAUAAUACACCCAUUUACAAGAGAUAAAUUCCCAGCAGAGCAGUCGGGUUUUGAAACCAGCAGCACAGAGUACUUGAAACCACCAUCAACUCUUCCAUCAGGAACCCAGCGUAAGAGGCAAUAUAUAAAUUCCACCCCUUUCAGCAGAGAUGAUCAAGAUAUACAUAUGGCAGAAACUGUACCUGUUAAUCUAUUACCAGGUUAUGAUGAUGUUAGAAGUACCACUAUACCCAAGAAGAAUGCAUCUCAACCAACCUCUUCUGAAGAAUCAAGUUUGGAUGACAUUAUAAUGAAGAUAAAAAGUGAUGGUCAUAGAAGCUCACUAGAAACCUUUACUCCCUCAGAGGAGGAGUCUUCAAAGUCUCUGUCAUCCAUCAGUGCCCAUUUAUUGCCAGAUAAACAUCUAAUUGAUUAUUCAAAUUCUGGAAUCAGCACCACAGACUACAUCAGUCCCCCAUCAUCACUUCCAAAAACUAAAGUAUCAGGUUCCUCACUAGAUGAUGAUUUAAGGAGGAUUCAGCAACAGAGAGAAAGUAUUCAGCAUAAAUUAGAUUUAUUAUCAGACACAGCAAAUCAACACUCAGGUCAAAAUGCUUAUUUUGAAAAACUCAAGGAAGAGGGUAGUGGGAAAAGGCCACUGAGAAGGAAAGAUAAAUUUGAAAUGCAAAGAAAGGAGAUUAUUCAUUGCUACUUAAGAAAGUUGAUGCAUUUGAAGGGGCCUGAGUUAGAGAAUAUGUCAGCAUUAACAGUUGAAGGCUCUGGAUUUACUCUCAGUUCCCUGAAUACACUUGUUGAUUCUCUCCAGGAGAAAGAUGAGUCAGUACUUACAGUUUCAUCUCCAAAUCCAUCUUCAUCUGUCAGGGAAUUAGCAGAAUCAAAUAAUAAUUCUAGUUAUAAAGAUAUUGAUGAUGUUCCCGUGAAAUUAAGUAGCCUCUCAUCUGAAAAUAAAUACUCCUGCAGUGAUAGGAAGAAGAAAAUUCUCUUAUCAGUAAGCCACAACAGGUAGACAGACUCAUGCAUACGCUUUCUGUUACACAUUCUAAAGAUGAAUCAGGAAGAGUUAAUGGCUUUCCAGGAUACUUGCAGCUAAGCAGAAAGACCUCUCCACACAUAGUACUUCCAUUAGACUCACAAUAUGAAGAAUCAGGUUCAUUAUUGUCCUCCAGAAGUGGUAACAGUAUUAAAAAAGAGCUGCAAAAACUUGAAACAUCUUAGAAAAGAACUCAUAACUGAUACCUCAAGUUCAUUUCUUUCUAUUGGGCCAGAAGUAAUGGGCACAUCACCAACCACUAACAGUAUUAAUAAGCAAGAUCAAAAACUCUCAUUUAGGAGCACACAGAAAACUGAUCUCAGUACAAUUUAUGAAGACAGUUCAAACUUGUCUGACAGUAAUUUUAACAUGAGUGGCUCAGCUAACUACCAUACACCAUCCAGAGAAAAUGAAUCUUCACUGGAUGAUGCAGGAAGUCAAAUUUCAUUGAUCCAGAAACAAAAUUUGAGAACAUGGUCCAAGUCAUCAGGUACCACAUCAGCGAGCGAUGUUUCUUCAUCAGAGGAGGCAGCUACAGAAGAUGAUAGGAAGAAAUUCACAUACAUGCAUACAAAAAGGACUUAUCAAUCUAGGUUCCAGCAUUUUAAAUACACCACACUUAAGAGUAGGCUGAAAACAUUAACCCAAGAUUACCAAGGUUCAGAUGAUGGUAACCUUGUGCCACCAUUCCUAAUGACUGAGACACCUAAGAAUAAUAUGAGGAGCAUCUCUUCCUUGCCUGCCACUGAGAGUACUCCACUAGAAGUACAAGGUACUGAAGGUUUAGAACAAGAACAUAUACUGCCUUUGACAGCUGAUACCUCAAGUUACUUUCCUUUAGCUUUGUCAAGUACUACAUUAACUUCUUCAGUGGAAGACUUAUCCCUUAUACAUCAGAGCCCAUAUAGUAGGAAGGAUGACCAGGAUAAAGUUUCUUACAAAGUUUUAAGCAUCUCAUCUGAUGAACAAGAUGCAAAGCCUAAGAGUGAUAUAUCUAGUGAUUCAUCAACCUCAAUGCCUGACAUGGCAGUAAUUUUACAGAGGUUUGGUUUGGACUGGGCCCAAAGUAUGAUGCAUAAAAUGGAAAUAGCAGAACAGAAGUCCUCAUCAGAUAGCUCAUCUGGUCAGGAAAAAUAAAAUAUGAUAGUUUAGUUCAGUCAUUAUGGCAAUAUGUGUAUAUAAGUUUGAUGUUGAACCUUCAAAUUAUACAAAAUAAAUGCUGUUCCACUUUGGUACUUUAUACAUACCAUGUUGAAGUGACAUUGCAUUUUUAUGUAUAGUACCUA